CCAGCCCGAUAACGCUUACUGGGUCGGGCUAUUAUUUAUUCAUUCCUGCGAAGAAGUCCCCGCCUGUCAAAUCGAUGGCGGCCUCAUCCCCGGCGAAGAGCAACAGCAGCGCCGCUGCCGACGCCGCGACGCCGUCGAGCUCUUCUGCGGCCAAGAGCCAGCGCGGGCUCAACAAGCCCAAAUGCAUCAAGUGUGGGAAUGUCGCCCGCUCCAGGUGUCCCUACCAAUCGUGCAAGAACUGCUGUGCAAAAGCUCAAAAUCCUUGUCAUAUACAUGUUUUGAAAGGUAGUUCAUCGUUGCCAGACAAACCUCCCACUUCUGGGUCUCCUUUGUUUGAUCAGCAAUCAACCGAUGGAUCUCAUUCUGGGACAAACAGGCUCCGCCAUCUUUCUAGCAACUUCUCGCAGUUCAGCAAUUUACAGUCCUCAUUCCGAUCUAGGAAGCCACUGACCAAAAAGGAUGCACAAGUCAUAAAUGAAUGGAGGUUCUUAAAGUUGAAAGAAUUCAAAGAAAGAAAAGUUGAAGCCGAGGGCGAAGCCUUUGAUCGAUACAUGCAGAAUGUCGAUCUACUAGAAGAAAUUUUUCUGUUCAAUUCAGCAUCCGAUAACCAGAUACCAGACGAAACAUCUUCCGAAGACAACACCAAAAGACUGAUUCAAGAGUUGAAAUUAAAGCUGAGAUCAAGCCCAGCAAGAUCCGAUAACUUCCGGAAAAGGAUCCAAUACAUUGUAGAUCAAGGUUUGAAGAAGCUCAAGAAGGUUGAGUUGGCUGAAGGCACCAGUGACCCCACUGACGAAGGAGUCGGACACCUGGCGAAGAAGAUCAAGCUUCCACAAGGUGAGAGAACAAUGUCUUUAAGUGAUCUUAUUGAGAAAAUGAACCGAGCGCAGAAUGAAGAAGACCUGAAAGCAUGCCGGGACACAGCAGCUCAGAUCUUUAAGUGGAAUUCAACGACCAAUUCAGUCGAAACAGAGGAGGUACAAUCAUCCAAGGAACAGAACCCCACAAUCGAGGCUUCUAUCACACAACCAUCAAGUUUGUUCCCGCCAAAGUGGGUUAACCCAAUUGCUAUCGACCAAAGCGCUUUGUGUCGGCUGGAUGCACAAUUUUCUUCCCUCGACCACAUUGAGGAUGAUUUAUAGGCUCUGUUGUUUCUGUUGCUGUUGUGCUUGCUCGCGCAUAUUCUUUCGUAGCUUAUAGAUCCGGUCUCGUAGAAAUUGCCUUUGUUGUAAGCAUGUAAGAAGAAUCAGCUAUGUCACAUUUUGAUAGACUUUGUUGUGGGUUAGAUAAUUAUAUUUUGACCUACUAUCAUUUCAUAAACAUUUUAUUGUGCAGAA